GGGACGGCGGCCGGCGCCCUCACUUCCGUGUCCCGCCGUCCUGGCCCGUGCGCGCCCAGCCACCGCCGCCAUCGGACAAUAGGCCGCCCGUCCCGGCCGCGCUGAACUUCCUGCCGGGGCCCCGCCGGCCCGUGCGCUGGAGCCCGCGCUCCCGCCUGGCGCGGGCCAGGAUCCCAGCUCCGCGGCGGCCGCCGGGGAAGCCGCGGGGCUCGCGCGCCCGGGACGUGCCUGCGACGCCGGCCGCCGCGCCUUCGCUCCGGCCGGGCGCGUCGGCGGCCUCGGCACUUUCCGGCGGAGCCGGCUUCACCCCUGCUCCGUACAGCGGCAGCUGCCGUGUGGGUUUCCGAGUUUGGUGGCUUAAGGAGGAUGUGAUUUUUUCUUCUUCUGUUUUUUCUUUUAUGAUUUGAAAAAGAGGAAAGAACCGCGCAGCAAGCUGGGACAGCGAAGCGCCACCAUCCGCCCCCACGUGGACACCUCCAAGGGGAAAGGGAGUUGGAAGCGAACCUGGUCCAGCUGCCCUGAGGCCUCCACUUCGGCGACACUCGAAGGCCUGGGGUCAUGACUCUCACGCCGGGCAGGUGGAAGGCUUUACUCGUCCUGGGCUGGACUUGAGUCCCUGCAUUUCUCCAGCAUUUCCCGCUCCGCCCUAACAAACACACACCCCUCCACUACCCUGCGCCUUGGCCUAGGCCCCACGCCGCUCUGAGACAUGGACAAGUACGAUGACCUGGGCUUGGAGGCCAGUAAAUUCAUCGAGGACCUGAACAUGUACGAGGCCUCCAAGGAUGGACUCUUCCGAGUGGACAAGGGUGCAGGCAACAACCCGGAGUUUGAGGAAACACGCAGGGUGUUUGCCACCAAGAUGGCCAAAAUCCACCUCCAGCAGCAGCAACAGCUCCUGCAGGACGAGACCCUGCCCAGGGGGAGCCGAGGCCCGGUCAAUGGUGGAGGCCGCCCAGGCCCACAGGCCCAGCGGGAAGCUGGUGCUGGCAGCAAGCUGACCGUGGAUGGUGCUGCGAAGCCCCCUCUGGCCGCCUCCACAGUAGCUCCUGGGACAGCCACCACCAUCGCUGCUGGGCAACCCUUGUACCCACCCCAGGAGCAGAGGGCCAGGCCAAAUGUCCGAGGCACAAAGUCUGGUAGCCAGAACUGUGGUUCCAAGGAAAACCCGGCAAGUUCUGAGAUGCCUGCUUUCCACCGGCUGGACCCCUGCGAGGAUCCUUCCUGCCUCACCCAUGGAGACUAUUAUGACAACCUCUCCUUGGCAAGCCCGAAGUGGGGUGAAGAACUAGGAGCGUCCUCUGGCAUCAGGCUGGGUGUAGGGAGUGGGUGGGCUGGCUCCCCAGGAAGCGAUCCACCACUGCCCAGACCUUCCAGGGACCAUCACCUGUACCAGCCGCAGCUCUCCCUGAGCUCCAGCAAGUCAUUCGAGAGUGGCCAGGAUGGCGGUGUUGGUGGCCGCAGCAGUGAGAACCCAGCGGGUCUUUGGGCCACUGCCACUUCCCAGCGGGUGAGCCCUGGCCUUCCCUCCUCAGGCCCGGAGAACGGGGCCCUCCUGGGGCCUGCUCCGUCCAGAACCCCUUCUUUCUCAGCACCACUGGCCCUGAGCUGCUCCGGUCAAGGAGCUCUGCCAAGAACAAACUCGGGGGUGGAGAAUGAGGUUUCAGGCAUGAUGCGCAAACCAAAUGUGGAUCCUCAACUCUGGUUCCAGGAUGGGCCCAAACCUUACCUUUCUAGUUCUGGCCCAUCGUCCUUACCAGCCAGCCUGGACAGUUUGCAGCUGGGUGCGGCCCCUGGCCUGGGUCCCAAGCCUGGCUGUACAGACCCUGGCAUUGGUCCCAAGCUCAGCCCCACCAGCCGUGUCCAUCCAGUGAUGUACACCCUGCCUGAGUUAUCCUGUAAAGAAGGUCCCCCUGGCUGGUCCUCUGAGGGCAGCCUAGGGCCUGUGCUCCCAGAGAGCCCCAACACCCACAGAGUGAGGCUGCCUUGCCAGACUCUCAUCCCCGGCCCUGAGGUUGGGCCCUCAGCCGCCGAACUGAAACUAGAAGCCCUUACCCAACGUCUGGAACGUGAGAUGGAUGCUCACCCGAAGGCCGAUUACUUUGGAGCCUGUGUGAAAUGCAGCAAAGGUGUGUUUGGAGCCGGCCAGGCCUGCCAGGCCAUGGGGAACCUCUACCACGAUGCCUGUUUCACCUGUGCAGCCUGCAGCCGGAAGCUAAGAGGAAAAGCCUUUUAUUUCGUCAAUGGCAAAGUGUUUUGUGAGGAAGACUUCCUGUACUCCGGCUUCCAGCAGUCUGCUGACCGGUGUUUUCUUUGCGGCCAUCUGAUCAUGGACAUGAUCCUGCAGGCCCUGGGGAAGUCCUACCACCCUGGCUGUUUCCGCUGUGUCAUCUGUAACGAGUGUUUGGACGGGGUGCCCUUCACCGUGGACUCUGAGAACAAGAUCUACUGUGUCCGAGAUUACCACAAGGUGCUGGCCCCCAAGUGUGCAGCCUGUGGGCUUCCCAUCCUUCCACCUGAGGGUUCAGAUGAGACCAUCCGUGUUGUGUCCAUGGACAGAGACUACCAUGUGGAGUGUUACCACUGCGAGGACUGCGGUCUGGAGCUCAAUGAUGAAGACGGUCACCGCUGCUACCCGCUGGAGGACCACCUGUUCUGUCACUCCUGCCAUGUCAAGAGGCUGGAGAAGGGCCCCUCGUCCCCAGCACUUCACCAGCACCACUUCUAGCCAGAGCCUCUUACAGACCUCAUGACGGGGGUGAAAAGCCACGGUUGCCUAAUGAGAAAUCCACACGUGGCCCCUGGGGUAGAAUCGGGGUGGAGGAGUGCCUGCGCCUAUGUGGGGUGCCUUUCCUGUCACCAGCGAGGUGAACCCUACCUGUCUGGUAUGUGUAUGUUCGAAGUGCCUGUCUCCGCUGCCAUGCCCUCAUCAGAUUACUCAGGAAGACACUCCAGCAAGCGUAUGGCAUGUGACAGGAGAUCACAUCAGUGCAACUGAAUGGACUUGCCUGUCCCCUCUGGGAACAGUUCACUUCAGAGGGAAAGGUUUGCACUGAGCAUAUUUCACAAUAUCCUCUGAAGAGAGAUUUCAGCUGCCGAUGCAUCCAACCCUUUCCCUCCCUCCAGGAAAAUACCAGCACCGAGCUUACCCCCACCACCCCAACCCCCACUUCCCCCGCCUCCUUUCACACACACAAUAAUUUAAGGCUUCCUUUCACCCCAGAGCUUCCAUUCUUCUGUAGAAUGGCUACAGAUUUUAAUUGCCUUAUGGUGGGAGGGAAACUCGAACAUGUGCUUUGCAUCUUAGGAAGGAUUUUCUUGGUAAACCAGAGCCUAGCGUUGAAAUGAGUGAGACAGGGUCUCCACCUUGCACACUGACAGCGUUCUGUGUGUCGUGCCCCUUACCCCACAGAUCUUCACUCCCUUAUCGGCGCUGGGGCCUGGCGGAGAUUUGCCCUGUUGGCGCACUUUUGGAUGAGAGCUUGGUGCAGGCACUAGGCCUCUUCACCCACCUGUUUGCCCCCUACCCCUCCGGAGCUCUUGAGAGUCUGUGACUUUGGAGUCGCUCCUGCAAAGGCAAGUCUCAGGAUCCCAUGUGCGGACAUCUCCUGCGCCUGUGUAGCUUAUUGGACGAUGGGCUUUUGGAAGGCCUGCCUACGCCCCUUAUCAACAAGGGGUGUUUGUGUGUGUGUGUUUGUUUGUGUGUGUGUGUGUGUGUGUGUGUGUGACCUCUAAACCAGCGUGGAGGGCGUGCCUGAGGAUAAGUUAUUACAGUCAUUUCACAGGUUUCUCUGUUGCCCAAUUCUUGGCAAGGCAAGAUGUUUGAAGAAACCAGUAUAAGGUACACUGCUUUUGUCUGUUUUUUUUGUUUCCCUCCACUUUCAGUCUUUCACACACAAAAAAUACCUCACAGAUAAGAGCGUCACCAAAUUGCAGAUAAAGGAGGAAUUGCACCAUCACAGUGGACUCAAAUGCUAUUUUUGGUGUGUUAGGAAACCCUGGUUUCCCGUGGGCUGUACUCCAGUGGGUCAGGGCCCUGUAAUCCAAACUAAAGUGCAGCAGGGUAUAGAACCAAUAGACAUUGCGUGCUGCUGCCUUAGUCAUUUCAUCAUGCUGGCUCCCCAGGGUGGCAAGGGCUAAGGGAGGGCCACACACUGGCGAGAUUUCAAGGCCACCUCUGCACUGAAGAGACAAAACUUGCCCUCAUGUCAUAUUCCUGAGGCCAGAGGUCAAUACCCCUUGGCAUUUCAAUGAGAAGGGGGAA